CCAGUAGCCAGAAAGCCACCACCCACUUGAUCCAUAUUCAUUAUCUUCUCAAAGGUUAGCAUGUUUUGGAGAAAGGCUUCUCACAGUGAUAAGGAAACUGAAUCUGCUGAAAAGGAUGCAAAGAUGAGGGAAUUGAGGGCUACCAUUGGAGCUCUAACGGGGAGGAGCUUGAAGUUUUGCAAUGAUGCAUGUAUAAGGCUAUAUUUGGAGGCAAGAAAUUGGGAUGUGGAGCAGGCAAAGAAAAUGUUGGAGGAAACGCUCAAAUGGAGAUCAACUUAUAAACCAGAAGAAAUCCGUUGGCAUGAAGUGGCACACGAAGGAGAAACUGGUAAAGCAUCCAUAUCCAAUUUUCAUGACCGGCAGGGGAGGACUGUACUCAUAAUGAGGCCUGGGAAGCAGAACACAUCAUCUGCAGAAGGCCAGGCUCGUCAUCUAGUGUAUCUGAUGGAGAAAGCCAUCAUGAACCUGCCAGAGGGCCAAGAACAGAUGACAUGGUUGGUUGAUUUCAAUGGUUGGUCACUGAGAAAGAGUGUUCCCAUUAAAACAGCACGAGACAUCACCUACUUAUUGCAGAACCACUACCCAGAAAGGCUAGCAUUAGUAGUUCUUUAUAGCCCACCAGGAAUUUUUGAGACAUUCUGGAAGAUUGUAAAGUACUUUGUGGAUCCAAAAACAUUCCAGAAGAUAAGAUUUGUGUACCCAAAUAAUCAAGAUAGUAUGGAGGUCAUGAAAACCUUUUUUGAUUCUGAAAACCUUCCCAGAGAGUUUGGGGGGAAAACCACCUUGAUAUAUGAUCAUGAAGAAUUCUCGAGGUUGAUGACACAGGAGGAUGUAAAGACUGCAAAAUUUUGGGGAUUUGAUGAUGUACACUGCCACGAUGCUAAGGACCACUUGAGCAAUGCCGAGCCGGAGCCAGUUUGUAUUGCCUAACCUGAAAACUGAGCAUGUAGAAGUGAUGUGUGUAAAAUCCUUACAGUGGUAUAACAUUUUGAUUCUUUAGGUUUUUAUUCCUCUAGUAACCGAGUAAGAUUGCAAGCAAAAGAUGCCAAUUUCGUUCAAGAACCUACAUAAGCUUCAGCUGGUUUCAGUUUUAUACACUACUACAGAUAUAAUGCAAACAGUGAAGUACAACAAACUGGCUGAGACUCUCCAAUUACAUGUAUGAAACAUGUUCUGGUUCUCGAUGCUUACACAAGGGCUAAACAGGGCUGUCGAUAUAAUACACUGCCAUAGAUUAAAUUUCGCUUGAGUAAAGGCACUCGUCAACAAGUUGGCGAAGGUUUGGGAUCUCCAGUGCAGCAGCAAUUCUUUCCUUAUCGUUUAACUGCUUAUUUACUGCAUCAUAAUUCAUAAAAGAAUGUUAAGAGUUUGAUAAUAGUAGACUGUGUGGCCUAAGAUGUAGUGAUUGGUGGAUUGGGGAACUUCUCUUUUCAAGUGUUAAGCAUGCAUUUAGUAUUACUAUAGAAUUCCAUUGUUGCCAAUUUUGUCUUAUGAUGCAUGAAGUUCAUUUUGUA